AUGUCUUUUGCUUCUCAAAGACGUUCCACCGUUUCCAAGAACAACAAAUCAGCAACCAAACAGACUCAUCAAAUAACGGGACGAAGAAGGAAACCAAAACAAAAUGGACUAGGAGGACUACCACUCAUUCUUCGUUUGACAUUGAUAGUCCUAUUAUGCGUCAUCAUCUUGACCGCAGCAGUCCUAUUGCGAUACUUCCUUCAGAAAUGUUUGCUACUGUCAAAGAAUAGUCCUCUAAACUAUUCGGCAGUCGAAAAGGCCAAAUUCUAUGGCCUGUCCCAACGAAAAAUGAAUUCGGGACAGGGAGAUGCUUCGUUUUGGAGCAAUUUGAGCAAUGCGACCUGUGACGAUCAAGGAGCUUACGAAAUGUUGGAAUUGGGAGAAAUCCAGCGAUUGCAACUACCACGAGCCAUUUUGAUUGGUGUGCAAAAGGGAGGAACUACAGCUCUCUUUCAAUAUCUGGAUCAGCAUCCAUCCGUGGAACGAACCAAGAAGGAACUCUACUUUUUGGACGAAGACAUGGACCGACUAGUCGGCCAUGCCGGAACGAUUCCUCGCAAAGUGGCACGCAAUCUAUAUCAUCAAAAGAUGAGAGAUGGAAUGGUGGAAGCUCGGGCACUGGAGAAGCAAAAGAAUCGGCACAUGCAUCAACUAAAACAGAAGCUAAAACAGAAUGGUGGUGCGCAGCUUGCUGAUUCUUCUCUGGCCGACAACAAGCAGCUUCGUACUAGGCGCUUGCAACAAACAGACAAGUUAUUGCCAAUUGUUCAUGGAGAGGAGAAUACACAGCAGAAGGAAGAUCUCGACGACGGCUUUAGUCGAAGUCACCAUGGUCCACCGCCGGGCGAUGGCCAAAUCAAACCAAUCAAGAAAAAGACCACUCCUGCUGCUCUGACGACUAAUAAAUUUGUCAUGGACCUGACGCCCAAUUACAUGUUUCACAGCGAUCGAGUUCCCAAUCGAAUCAAGUGUCUGGUGCCAUGGGUUCGUUUGCUGGUAUUAUUACGGGAUCCAGUGGCUCGAGCUCGCUCUCAAUAUCAAAUGAAACUGCAAAUGGUCUUGCCCAAGAGUCAUAAUUCCUAUGGAAAUCCAAUACCAUCCUUGGACGAGUAUAUUGAAAAUGAUUUGAAUGCCUUGGAGGAAGUCGGAGUCUUGAAAAAUUGGACCGAGGUUGACUUUGAAUCCUUUUGGAAGUCCGAGGAGUGUUGGAAGGCUUGGCAAACCUAUAUCCACAAGGGACUCAACGCUCCUGUCGGCAUGGGAUUGUACGCACUCCAACUGAAACCCUUUUUGGACGUUUUGGUAGAGAUUCACCACGGCUCAUUGGAAUUAUUGGCAAGCCAUGGAAUUCUCUCCGACUACUUUUUGGCAAUCGACAGCCGAGACUUGCAAAUGGAGACCGACAAGACGUAUCAAGAAGUGCUGAAAUUCUUACGAUUGCCAUCCUUUAGCUUGACGGAAUACGCAAGGGUCAAUAAGGCAAGCAGCAAGGAUCAUGCGCAGCUGAAGUCUAAAUUGUCACCAGCGAUUCAAAAGCGCAUGCAAGAUGCGAUUGCACCCUACAAUCGGAAACUUGGGGAUCUGCUUGGAGAAGAAUGGAAAGACAAAUGGACAAGCCGUUGA